AUGGAUUGGUUAAGUAAAUAUGAAAAUACAACAGAAUUAUAUACUGAUGCUAAACGUCGAUGGCCAGUUAGUAAAGGUGAUGUACAAGGUAGAUGGAUAUUAGGUUCCUUCGAUGAUGAAUCAAUCAUAGUCUAUCAAGCAUUUAAUUCAGAUAUUGCUAAGUUUGCUUGUGAAAAUAAUUGUUUCAUAGGCUCUCCAGGUUACAACCAACAACGUAUGACAUGGAUUAAAACAAAUUUUCUUUGGAUGAUGUAUCGAUCUCAAUGGGCAUCGUCAUCGCGGCAACACCAUAUUUUAGCGAUAUGGCUUCGACGUUCAGCAUUUGAUAGUUAUUUAGCUCAAGCUGUACAUAGUUCACGUAAAGGUCUACCUGAGGAAAAUGAACAAAGUUCGAAACAUAACGCUCAUGAAGGAUUGAUCCGCUUACAAUGGGAUCCUGAUCAUCAUCCACAUGGCGGAUCAGUCAGUGGACGUCGUGCUAUUCAAUUAGGUCUGAAAAAAAUUGACAGUUUUCUUGAUGGUCGUGAUAUCAUACGUAUCGUCGAUAUAACUCCAUUUGUUCAAACUCAAUAUAAUAAUGCUGUUUUACCGAAAGAUCAACUUGAUAAACUUCGUGUUCCUAUUGAACAUAUUUAUGUACCACAAGAUGAACAGAUUUGUCAUCAUAUACAAUUAGAUACCUAUGAAGAGCAAGAAAAAGAAUAA